AUGGCGUACAGUGGUUCAGUCACAUCGAAAAAGGAGAUUUAUCUGCAUCUCUGCAAUCAUCCAGUCAUCUUAGAUGAAGGAAAGAAAAGGUCUCGAAAUGGGAAACAAGUUUUGAAUAGUACCGAUCUGAUUCUCUUAAUCCAAUUUCAACAGAGUUUUUGGUUGGAUAAAAGUAGCGAGAAGAAACGCUACAUGUUAGCUGCGAGACAGUUAUCAAUCGCUUCUUCCGAUUCCCCAAAUUGUUGGAUAUGGAUGCCAACAACAGAAUCAAGUAUUUCAAUCUUCUCUCCUGAUACAACUUACGUUGCUCUUCUCAUGUUCAAAACAACACCGAAAGCUUAUGGAUUUGAGUACCAACCGGUGGAGGUCUGUAUUGGUUUUCACGGCGACCGGAGUCAAACCCGGAUGGUGUAUCUCGACCCUGAAGCAGGAUGGAGACGAGGACCCUGA